UUUAUGGAGUGGUUUAUUCCUAUCCAGAACUGCUUCCUCGAUAUUAUGGUGAUCCACUUAAGUCUUUUCAAAAAAAACUUUCCCCACAUUCUAGUCUUUUUCAUACAAAGAAUCAUAAUACAAAACAAGUUUCACUUAAAACGUUAACAACAGACUGUGAAGACAAUUUUUUUCCUAUUCAUUCAUUAUAUGAAUUCGUUCCUUCCAAAUUAACUGAUUGCGGCACUUUGAACUUUUAUCUUGGAUUAACGAAUACAUCUUCAACUUUAGGUUUGCAUAAAAUACAACUAUGUUGCGUGCAAGAUUUAGGGGAAGAUGUACAAGAUUUUCUUUAUCACAAAAAGAAACCGUAUACUCCACCUGAUAAGUGGUUCCUUCAUUAUUUUCAAUCAAACAAUUUUUCAGUAUCUGACCCAAAUGAAUUGUUCCUUUCAAUUCAAAAACAAACGUGUUUAAAAUCAGCCUUACCGUCAAGCCCAUUUGUGAAAGUUGAACCACUCAUUCUACCACAUAACUCCAAUACCCGAAUUGAAGUACACAAUCUUCAACCUAAUCAAACGUUUUAUAUACAUCUUCAUGCACGCUUAGGGGAAUGUUUGUCACAGAACGCGGGUAUCAUUGUUCGUUAUACUAGUAGGAAAAACAUUCAUAGUGCAAGAUUUCUUUUCCUUCCAAUAUCUUUUCCUGUCAUCCAAACCCCCUUAUUGUGUAUUUUACGAAAUUCUCUUCAUGUGCAACCUAAAACCUCUAUUGAUAUUCACGCUGUUUCAAGCGUGAUACUGCAAUGUUUUGAAUUCAGUGACUUUGUUUUAUCAGCUUUAACUCAAUCAAUCUCCUCUACGAAUGCUCUUGUAGCUGUUGGAAUUUUUCACAAAAAUGAGUAUGAGCUUACCAUGAUGAUAGCAAACAACUCGUCCGAUUCAAUGCAUAUACUAGCUCCGAAAUUAUGUCAAACGUUUUCGACAAAACAAUCAGAAGGAUUCUUAAGCUUUAGUAAAAUAUCUUUCCCUCCUAGUACUGUUUCCAAAUGCUUUAUGGACUUAAUGUUGACUUGUGAUUUCCUUCACUCGACGUCCGAGAGCAUCUCAAACCCAUGCGAAAAUGACUUGACUUGUGAUACACUGGAAGAGGCGAUACACCGCACCCUCGGGGAUGUUUGUUACGAGGACAAUGGUGUUAAUUUACCCCUCACUUUGAGAAUGGAACCGCCUCUUGCUCCUUCAACAAUGCAUCUUUCUAUAGCCAGCGGGUUGAAAUUAAAACCCGAAAAUAAUCAUUUAUCCUCUUGGUCGUUACCUUAUCAAUCUCAUAUUUGGUUUUCCGAGUGUUCUGUGAGCAAUAGUAUUACAGGUCAACUCUAUCAACCAGAAAAUAAACGAGUGUUUCAUGUACCGUGUUUUGUUCCUCUGAACGUUACUUUGACUUUACAACGUUUUACUACUACCAAACUCGUUAUGGAUCAGUGCGCUACCAAUCUUGUGGCACAAAAAAACACCGCAAUCCGCGUGAUACUGAUUCCCUAUGAAACGCUUUACGUAAAACAAAAAACAAUAUUACAGCAUCAGGCAGCUUCUUGUGAAAACAAUAGUAUCCUUCAAUAUUCCUAUUCACGAUCCUACGAAAAUUGUCUUUGGUGCGGUUCCUUAGAAAAAUCAACCAACAUUGGUAAUACCGCGACGGUGACCUUUACUCUCAUUAUGACAACUGAGGGAUUAACUCAAACGCUCUUUUCAGCCUAUAUCACUGAAAAUCCUUUAUGUUUCAUUUGGAAUGCUUCUUCAUAUAUUCUCCUAUCAGACAGAAUUUGA